CUUCUAGAUAAUCACUAGCUCAAUCAUCGCUUGAUAUCAGCUACGAAGUCAAGGAGAACCAUGUCAAAAAUGGUAUCAGAUGAGACUCUCGGUGUCAUCCUGGUCUCGCUCUCGACAUGUACAGCCUCGAUCGCCAACAUGUGUAUCAAAAGAUUAGCCGGGUUGGUCGUACCGAUACAUACGUUGCAAAUGAUACGGUUCCGGAUGCUACCGACUUGGAUCGUCUGUCUCUCGUACCUUUACAUUACAGGCCGACCUUCCCCAUUUUUAGGACCUAAAGGGAUCCGGGGACUUUUGAUCGGGAGAGGGUCGUUGAGUUUCGUUAGCAUGCUAGGAACAUAUACGGCCUUGAAAGGAUUGACAUUGGCAGAAGCUACGCUCAUUGGGUUCUUGAACCCGGUCAUCACGGGGAUUCUGGGUGCUGUUUGUCUAGGCGAGAAAUACACUCUCCGUCAAGCGAUCGCCACGCUCCUCUCACUCGCAGGGAUUCUCAUCUCCCUCCAAACACCACUACAAACCCUGGGGAAGGCUCCAAGAUUGAGCGCAGACCUUGGAGCGGGAGGCGGUAUGGGGAAAGGCGUGGCGCUGAUCAUCGGCGUGGGCUCGGUCACCGCGGGGGCGUUGAGCAGUAUCCUGAUACGCAAGAUGGGCAAGAACGGCGAUGUCGUCAGGCAGAUCACGGCGUAUGCCAUGGUCUCCACUUUAGGAAGCACCGCCUGUAUUCGGUACAUGCCCGGCAUUCCCGAGUUGCCGCGCUAUGGAACGUGGACGAUAUACGCGAUCGUGGCUACCGUCUUUGGCUCACUCGGGCAGGUCUUGAUGACGAGCGGGAUGAAACGGGGCAAGGCGGGGACGAGCGCGUUGGGGAAUUAUACCGCGAUCAUCUACGCGACACUGCUCGAGUAUGCAGUGGAUGGCAAGGUCCCCGGGAUGAGGCAGGUGGUAGGGUGCGGGUUGAUCGUGGGCGCGUCGUUGUACGGUCGGCGGUAGGACGGAGGGGGAUUUAUGAUGUUUUGCAGUGUUUGUCCUGGACGAGUUCAGAAACUACACCUGUGCAGGUGGCGUCAAGCGCUCGAGUUCGUCCGAGUCGCUCGGGGUAGGGAGUCGCAGGAGCUCGCGUCGAAGUCGUCCAGGCGAUACGCUUGAGAGCAAGUCUUGCACGAUUUGGUCACGGGACGUCCGCUGUUAAUAAACCUGGGUGGUUGAUCUGGCUUGAAGAGGACUUCGAUGGCCCCGUGCGCUUAGCGAUAUGCGCGAUGCGAGCCUUGUGAUUUGAGGAGGUAUCGAAUGGUCGCGGUUUCGACGUAGCGAUGUCGACACAGGGAGAGCGCUGAAAGGACGACAAAAGCUAGCCGCUUGCAGGAUCUUAUCGGGGUGCAGCGUGAAGCCGUGGGAAGAUAUGCCGACAAAAGGGAAAAAUGAAUAAAAGAGAGUGUAGCGCAG